AGCUCUGGAUAUCAGUGCAGCCACCGGCAUUGUAGAGUGAAUACACAGCAGGUACUUCUAGUAGGGAGCCAAAGUAAUAUAAAGUCUAAUGUUUGUUCUGUAGGCCAAUCCAAAGAGAACAAAUAGCAAGAUGUCGACGCCGACUAGGUUUCUCGGCGAUGCAAGCAGCAGCCGCGUUGCCGGCAUCGUCGAUCUCUGUGCACCAGCACUGACACGAAUUUGUAAUGGCGGAGUAGUAUGACAAAAGCCUCGAGAGCUUCAUCGCCAUGGAGCAGCAAAAUGAGGAAGCGUUGCUUCUUCCUUUUGGCGGGCGACCACCCGACGAAGGCUGUCGUGGUGAUUCGGAAAAAGACUGCAGUAGCAAGCUGCCGCCACCGCACUCAGCCACACGUCAAAGAACAACGUCUUCGGAGGACGAGAGCCAACAUCUCACUUCUCUUCUACAGGAACCAAAUGGGAGGUGUUCUCGGGCCGCGGAAGAAGAUGAAGACGAAUUUCCGCGUCCCGCUGCACCAAAAGACGUCGACACAGGCAAACCUGGCGCGCGUCGAGCGGGACACCAGGCAGAGGAACAAAUCGCGCCACCUUCCGCUGCGGGUCUACUUCAGCCGGCCAGCGCGGGCAAUGGAACAAGAAGGGCUCCUCUUACGUCUAGUACCUCCCAGCAGCGCGACACAAAGACCACCUUCUCCAAUAUCGAAAAGAAAAACCGCGUUUUAGUGUAGGUGUCUUCAGCAGGUGACAGCACGACAAAUUCGUUCUGCAUGACAGUGCAGUCCUGUCAUGCACGGCUAGCACGUGCAAACACGACGUAAGAAAAGAACACACCGUGGCUAGUAACCAGCAUGACAGAGACAAGUGUAAACUGUUUUAUAUUUUCUGCAUCGCAGACUUACACUUACAGACCUUUUUUGUUCCAUAUCCAUCCACGAUCUUUCCUUCACGGUGGGCGAACUGCUCGGCCGCGGCGGCUUCGUAUGGAUUGCAAAAGCCUAUCGCCCUAGUAGAGGAAAUUGCAUUACAAAUUCGUUCAGAAGAAAAAUGAAAUUUGUAAUGCUGAACUUGGAGUAAGAAACUAGAUCUGUCAUGUAUAAAUGCAAUUCACGCAACUACUCGGUGGGCUUUUACCGAAUGCAUACUUUGCCGAGGUUUACAAGGCGACAAGGGGGGAGAAGAAUUUCGCGCUCAAAAUCGUCUCCGCCCAGAACAAGCACAAGUUGCUGCAGUUCCAGCAAGAGGCGGUUCUGCUUGAAAACUUGACGAAAAAGGACAGACGGGGAAGAAAACAUGUUGUCCACUGCUUCGGCUCCGAGUGUGACGUGGCGAGUUUGAAGAUUCACAUUUUGCUGGAAUUCGCGGACUGUGACUUCGAAGCCUACCAUCGGAGUUUCGUGACGAAAGUCACAUCGAAUCCGCCCCCAACUGCGGCGGCCAACGGAUUAUUCGGUGCCAACGGUGCGGGAAGCAGAGACUCUUCCAGCUGUUCUAGAGGUUCAAGAAAAACGAAGUUCUUCAUGCCUUUCAACAUUAUUCUCCAUUGCGGGAAGCAGAUGGCGGCUGCGGUUGCUUACAUCCACAGCAAGAACAUCGUGCAUUUUGAUUUGAAGCCGGCGAAUUUUCUCAUGUUUGAAAACAAGCAGAAAAUCAAGCUGUCCGACUUCGGGCUAGCCAGGGAAGUGGAGGAAGAUAAAUCCCAUAUCAGCCGGUUUGGGCAGUGCGGCACGAUAUUAUACAUGGCUCCCGAGGCUUUUCAUCAGGGAGAGCAAUACGAAGCAAGCAUGAAAAUGAAGCCGGAAACGGAUAUUUGGUCCCUUGGGAUCAUACUGUACGCGAUGAUCUACGAAAAACCGCCGCACGCGUAUUUGUUCAACCAGCCGGGGGGCGGAAACCGGGUGAUGUUCUGCAUUGUGGAUCCGUUGAUGGAGAUCCUAUCCUGUGCAAAAGUAUCGUACUCGUGCAAAUGCAAGUCUUGCAUUACAAAUCUUGUUCUUAAAGGCAGAUCAGCAUUUCAAAUUUUAUUUCUCAUGCUGAGGAAAUUUGUGAUGCAUUUAUACGAUUGCGAUACCAUGCUUUUGCAAUCCAUAAAUCCAGUAUCCGGACAAGUUCUGCGCCUUCACGCAGGACAUUCUAGACGAUACUCUCGCGGACUUCGAAGGACGAAGGCUCGAGCAUUUGCUGUAUUUGGUGCAAGUCUGUCUCGCGCGGGAAAUCACAGAGAGGAUCACUGCUUUUGAUUUAGAAAAAGAGCUGGUCGGCCUGGAGAUGGUGGGAGAUGCGGUGUUAGCGUCUUCUUCUACUUCUUGCGGCACUUCUUCUUCCCUGCAGUCUGCCGCUUGCGACACUGGGGACCACCACCAGCUGUGGGAAGGCCACAAUGUUGUCCUGUCUCGGGCCAGUGCCGACGCUAUAAAAAUGCAGUUAAUGCAAGAUGGACCAGGCGAUCUCGAUCUGACUCAAAAUCGAAAUCGUGCAUCCAAUUCCACCGGCACCACAACCGCGGGUGAUGGGUCAUCUGCUCCUUCCGGAGGUUCCAUCGACAACAGUAGGAGCACCGCCGCUUCUUUUUGUGCAAAAUUAAACCUGGAUAAAAACUUCAAGUUCCGCACAGCAUUAGUACGUCCGAUCCCGGGAAGCACGGCGACGGUGUUGCAUCGGAAACACAUUCCGCAGGUACAAGUAGCCGUCCAACAAGUGGCUGGCUCUGGAUCAUCUUCGGCAGGAAUGAAUGUUCAUAGCGGGGUAAUAUCAUCAUCUGCCGUGGUGACACCUUCCACCAGCUUCAAAAUUACAUCGCUGGAAACCGCUCCAGCGCAGGAGCGGACGAUUGCGCCGCCGGUGGUGGCGGUUGAAGAAAAGUUUUUGAAUGGGAGGCUCGAGGAAUCUUCCGCACAAGAAGAAACCACUAGGCAGCCACCAGAGCUGGACCUGGUGGAGCUUCUGCCGCAGGAUAUUACAGUGUCCCCGCUCGUCGGUGGUGGUGCACGCUCCGAUGUAGAUCCGAAUUUCGACCUCGACGAGGAAGGGCUCGUUGGCAGAAAAAACGAAUUGGACAACAUUCCGACCACCGAAGUGGAUGAGGCUUCUAAAGUUGAUGUGCCAACACCAACAGCUGCAACAUUUUGGACCAGCGUCGCUGGACAAGUGCUUAUCUCGGCCCUUAUCCUGUCUAUCGGCAUAGGCGCAGCUGUAUCUAUCGGCAUAUUUGGAACAAACACCGAAGUUGUACGAGAUGCAGGAGGUGCUUCGGGCGCCGCGAAUCAGCAACUGAACUUUGGAGCGGGUUGGGGCAAUGGUUUGUUUCCACGACCUGCCGGAAACGGUAUGGUUUUCGUCAAAAACGCGAAUGAUUUCGAUGGUAAUGAAACGACCAAUACUGGUGGUAGUCCUGACGGAACAUUAAACGGAACGUCUAGUGGUCCUACAGAAUCUCUGCAGCCCAUACUACCGAACCCUCACACUGCGUUUUUGCCCCCGAGUCCGAGUGCUCUGAGCCCAGGAGUGGUGGUGUUCGGAGAUGGAGGCGUAGGUGGCGGCGGAGAUGGCGGGUUUGACGGUGGCGCUGGCGGUAGCGACGGUGGUGGUGGCCCGGCAACACGACCAAAUACCCCCGUUGCCCCUCGUCCCGGUGGGAGUAAUUAUCCCACUGGAAAUUAUACCGGAGGUGGAACAUCACCAGGCAGCUCUCCACCUCUCGUGCGUGGCAACCUGCCCGUCCCCGCAGCUGCCCCUGCAAUGGUUGCUACGAGUUUAAUAUUGCCAGUAGGACCAAAAGCUGGCGCCGGCGGAAUGAUGCCACAGCCGAAACAACGUCCAGCUCGUCCCACACCUUCCGUUCCGCCUUCCGCUCCAGCAGUUGUGCCGCCAGAAGUUAGCAGUACACCAGGAGACGGUCCGCGAGGAGUAUCACCGGCGGGCCAACCAGUCGUACCACCAUUGCCCUAUGACGGGUUGGUCACGGCGUCGUCGACGGGGAAUACGACUAGCACCUCGCCGUCAUCGCCAAGUACCACGACGCUACCGACGGCUGCACAACGCCCUCCGAGUACUAGUACGCCGAUGCAGUCAACAACCCAGAAUGCUCCAUUGCCAACAAGUACUCGAACUGCAUCGCCACCAAGAGGCGCGCAGGUGCAACAGGAUCCACCGCCGGCAUUUUUACCACAAGAGCUUGCUGCAAAUGGAAUAGCGAGUGAGCCGCCAAGACGAAGAGACCCAGAGGGAGUAGAGCGAUCUGCCGUUCCUCAACCGACACGGGACGAAACUCUGACAGAGCCGAGUCGCAAUGGAAAUGGCCCGCCAGCCGGAGGAAGCACUGGCCCUAGUACCAAUGCAGCCCUGCAAGAAGCGGACCCCCUGUGGCAGGGCGGCAACGAGGUGCGACCGGGAGGAGCCCCGGUCGGGACAUCAGGGCCACAAGCUGAAGAGCGCCACACAGAAGUACCUCGCCAACUACUGGCGGCUCAGAAUAUCAGGAGCGGUACAACAGCACCGCCCCAGGUCGAAGCUCCGAGUUCAGCUCGAAGUCCGAGUGAGGGACGAGAUUCCAAUUCCCGUAGAACUACUGCGUUGGAGCAGCAGACGGUAGUAGAGCACGGCACUAAUUCCCCACCGUCCACUAUCCAAGAAAAAAACAUUGUAGGUGUAACUUUUUUGGAGGAACAGCAUUACAAAUUUGUCUGGCAUGACAGCAAAAACCUGUCAUGCGCAGAUAGUACGUGAAAACGCCCUUUAUUGGACCCUACGACGCAUGCCAAGCAUGACAGACGCAAUCAUCUUGCAGGUUGCGCAUCACAAAUUUACACUAACAACGUUUUUUGCUUGGAUAUCCACCAGCCAAGAACCCCCAGGAACUACAGCAAGAGGUCCUCCGCGCAGGCAGCUCACUAUCAAAUGCAAAAAUGUCUGGGUCUGGAAGAUUGCGAGAUUUGUCAUGCAUAUUUCGGAUCACCAUCACGCAAAUGGCGUCUGAUGCAGGCAAAAGCAUCACAGGUUUUGAGCGCGCCUCGUGAUGCCUGUCCCGCAUGAGAAACUUCCUACUUGCGUGCCAAGAAAUGGACAGCUUUUGGCGCUCAUGCAACACAAAUUUUUGUGUGUUCCAGAGUUUGCAUCACAAGUUCCAACCCUUCCAGACCCAGACACUUUUACAUUUGAUACUCACCUUGGCUCCGCAAAGUUUCGCCGUGCAGGUCGACCCGAAUUCUGAUAAUUCGCAGGCGGGCACAGUCUAUCCUGAGUAAAAACGUACCCACACCAGAGUUGUAAUGCAGAUUUGCAAAGACAGGAAGAUUUGUAAUGCGCAUCCCCGCCAUGAGAGCCAUUUCCAAUCGUGUUUUGGAAUUUGUGAUGCUGUGAACAGGAUGAGCAGAUGAAUCUGUGAUGCGGCUGCACUUGCUAACCUGCACUACACUGCAUAGCGCAACUUGUCAUGCGUGACUCACAAAGCUCCUAGGUUUGUGUUGCAAAAUCCCCAUCCUGACUCUGGUGUGGGUACGUUUUUGCUCAGGAUACAGUCUCCACUGCGUUUAUCGAGCCAUCAGGCCCAACAUCUCCAAGGUCGGCUUGUUCCUUCGCAGCCCCGCCGCGGCCGACUGUUGAAAGUGCUGGUAACCGGCGCCGUGUGCUGACAGUGAGUUUACGCCAUGAGCAAAUAUAGUAUCGUACUUGUGUGGUCUGUGUGAAUUGUACUACUGAUGCAUGUUUUUUGCAGCUACAGAGAAAUUCUUUUCCACUGCCCUGUGUUUCACCACCACGACCACCAGUGUCAGUCUUCCUUAUUGCCACCAACAUUUUCAGAACACAAUUUACGCUAAAGGACGAUAUAUGAGCUUGUGAUGCAUAGACGCGAUGUAGCGAAAGCGACGUGAAUAUCCAGCCGGCGGUGGUGCCAGCGGGUUGUGGUACUGGAGGAAGCUCGGGCUCCUCGGGCGUCCAACCCACAGUCGUGCAGACGCCUGAACCACCACUGGAAGUGGCAGGGCGACAUGUUGGUACGAAUACUUUAGCCGCGCGAAGACCACCGCCCAUGGGUCAGCCUACAGCCGAAACCGCAACAAGUGUUCUGGGGGGUGGACAGAAUCUUGUUCUCGAGGGGGUUCAACAUCAACAGCCACCGAUCGACUAUGCUGUCGCGCCGGGUCGUUGUUCAGUUGUGACCACAGGCAGUGCUGAGCAAGCAGUGGAUGCCGGGGAAAGAUUCUUGCAACCGAGAAUUAUGAAUGUUGUCCCGCCGGUGGGGACUCCGCCUGAAGCAGAAGCCAGUUGUAGCUCAUCAAGUCUAGUGUCAACACCGGCUUGUUCACUACCACCAACCGACUCUGCUGCGUCCGCUCCAGGUACUAUAGCUCCGCGCGGAGGAGUACUAGUACUGGAACCUGCAUCCGCAUCGGGAGGACCCCCAGCCACUUGCGAGGAAGCUACAGUGGGUGGUGGUGGUCUUUUCCCGGCACAAGGAGGACCUGAUGGUGGCCGCUUCCCUGCGCAAGGAGGACCCGACGGUGGCUGCUUCCCUGCGCAAGGAGGACCCGAUGGUGGUGGUGUCUUCGCAGUACAGCAGUCUUCCGCGGCUGAUAACAGCAGCACCGUCGGGGACGAGCAAAGUAGUACUACAGCUGGUGAAGCGAAUGUUUUUGCGACAGUGCUGUCUACAACACGACAGGAAGAUGAAGUAGAGGCGCCUGCAGUGCGCCACCAGGACGACCACGACACAGAGCCGCGUAGGCGACCCAGCUGUGAUGGCCCAGGUCCGGGCGACCUCGUGACCUUCGCCAAUUUGCAGACAAUUUUUCUUAUCACACGAUGAAAAAGCGUUCCAUGUUUUGCGCCUUGUCAGGCUGGAAAAGCAUUGUCAUGAUAUAUGCACCAUUGCCAUUUUUGGUGCCUGACGGACGGAGUGGUUAAAACUUGCUCCACUGUGCGAAGAAAAGACUCAUUUAUACUUGACUCAGAUUUGUAUUGCUCUACUGAUGAAUUGAUGGCCCCCGCUGCUGCGUCAUCAAGACAGAAAUAGAAAUUUCGGCACAGCAACAAGCGAAACGCAAAGGAGAAGGUAGCGCCUAAGUACUUCUUUUGAAAAAAAACGCUUCUCGCGGAAGGUGGUGGACGAACCAAAACUCAGCGCUUUUUCAAGCGAUACCGCAACGCGAUCUAGUAAGGCGCGCUAUAGCGAUUCCAGCCUUCCGCGCAGAAGUCGGUAAUGCCAUCGGGAAUUGGCACCAGAUGCGAACCGCGCUCGGAGAAGAAGUUGCGAAGGAGUUGAAACGCUCGUUUCUAGCAGAAGAAAUGGACGACUUCAUGGCGGAACUGCUGCGCGAGCAGCUGCACAAAAUGCAAGUUCUGCAGCUGUCAGAAGGUAGUACCAGUUUAAUCGGCUCUGGUGUAGUCGCUCAAGGGGCAGCUGGGACGCAAAUUACCGUUCCCGCGGAAGUGUACUAUGAUUCUGCACGUGCACGUUACAGAUUAUUAUACGAUAUUACGGAAGAAAGCGGCCGUCGUCGCUGUCACACGACCACAUCGCCGGAAGGUCAGAAGUAUGAACUGCAAAAGUAUCGUACUCGUAUAAAUGCAUGACAAAUUCCCUCAGCAUGAGAAAUAAAUUUUGUAAUGCGGAUUUACCUUGAGACAAAAAUUUGUAAUGCAUGAUUGCAAUACGAGUACGAUACUUUUUCACAGGAUAAGAAGAUAGCCGAGUGGGUGGAAGAAAAGAUCAAGCAGGCAAGAGAGAAAAUAGCCGAGGCGAGAGCAGUAUCAAAUGCAAAUCUGUCUGGGUCUGGAAGAACGAAGCAACUUGUCAUGCUAAAUCUGAAUCAUGUGGAAAUCUGUGUUGCGUGAUUGCCAAAAGCUGUCUACUUUUGACCUGAUCGAGAGGCAGUUUCUCAUGCAGGAUAGGCAUGAGAGAACUCUCACAGAAUCUGUCAUGCGAUGUUCUACAUACCAGACAGCAUGGGUCAUGGAAAAUCUGCAUGACAAGUCUACUGGCAUUCUCCCAGACCCAGACACUUUUGCAGUUCAUAAGCAGCAGGGGAAAUUCAGAACCCUGCUGAAGUACUGGCUUUCCUGGCCGCCGGAGCGGGUCGUGCGACAAGUGCCGGCAGGACAAGCCUCGACAAUCGGGCAGAGGAAGGAGGUGACGUAGAAUUUCACCCUGAAUCCGGAGCCCCCACCCCAGCAGCUUCUGAUGUGCUGCUCUACGUGCCGCCGGUAGUUCUAUCUGAGAGGCUCGCAGGGCUGCUAGAGCAAUUUGCCCAAGCAGAGAUCAUGCGAGACGAUCGAGGCGUUCUACUGGGCGGAAGAAAUUAUGUGCUCCAAUCAGCGGAAGAGUCCCUCCGCUUCGCGGAAUACCUGUCUGGAACUGCACGGCCGCCAGAGGUGCAACGGGCCGGAGAAGUUGUUGACGCAAAGGCACGGAGGGACGGACAAGAACACCUGAAUGAAGGUGGUAUCAAACUAGAAUUAAGGUGCCCGAGCCUGAGAAUCUGAUUAGGCAUCAAAGCCGUGCUGCAAAUCUAUCUCUGCGGCAGUAUGUAUCAGCAUCGUGAUUGUUUUCGGCUUAGAAUCUGAAACCACGUAGAUUUGCGCACGAUGAACGAGGUUGCAAUCAUUCCAAAAAACUACUGCAUUCAAUUUUCUCCAAUGCAUCAAAACUGUUCAUUUUCUUGGGGAGUACGGCACCUUUUUUCAUUUCUAUACCCUGGACCUCCUUCUACCGUUUCGCGCAAGUCAGCCUCCUACCCGGCCUCAGGCACCUCUUGAGCCUUCUCUUCUACUCUGGGACGAACAAUGAUCUCACGAUGCUUGGGCAUCAAAGAACAUCAAGGGAUGUAAAAUUACGAGCAGAAUUCGAAGCACAAUGGGCACCACAACUAUUGCGCAUGAUUUACACACUCGAUAAGGGCGGUGGGAGGUUUCCGUGGACCAACAUCGCACCGAAGAAUAAUCGUCAUGCUCCUGCACGAUCGAGCGGAAUAUUAACGGGGGCACGACAAGCAGGAGGUUAUUCAUCUAGCCAGAGAGGUGACCACACCUCGGGAUCAGGAUCUACUUCGUCGGGGUCAUCUUGUUCGUCGUCCUCUGGCCGACCUGUACCCCGAGCUGCGGCGGAUCAUGGUUGUUCCGGAGGUGAUCAUGCAGAAGUGAGCCGCCCCGCCCCACACGCGGAUGAACAAGACGCAAGCCACGCUUCAGGAUCACGAAGCGAAUUUUCACAAGGAAAUCCAAACCACGAGCAUCGCCCGAGGAACUACGAAGCGGUGUUUGUAGAGGAGGUUGAUUGAAAUUUGUGUUGAUCGUGUGAUCUUGACCUCCCGAACACACUCCUUCUUCUUCUUCUUACGGGAAACAAAACGCGUCCUUUCCUGAUUGUGUUUGCUCAAAACCUUGAGCCAACGGCUCAAACGAAAAUUGUUGUUGUACAUGUUUCAGCAUGAGAGAUUCGCUCUCCACCCGGUUCCAGGGUCUAUCUAAUGUUCUCUCUCAAAGAAAGAAGAGUGCGAAUAAACUUUUCCCCAAAAACGAAUACGAAAGAUAUUGGAAAAACGAUGGAUGCGACUAGUCGUGAAAAAACAGAUACCGACUAGCGACGACCACGAUAAGCGAAAAAACAAGCUCUUGACCGAUGAGAGAUAGGUGUGAACACAUUGUGAACAACACCCCUCCUCAAACUAGCCGAAGGACCUGCUUUUUGCAAAUUUAAAGCUUGGAAAAUGGCUGGUCGUGCUAGUUUGCUAUUUAGUGGCGUUUUUCUUCUACUAACUCAACUAUCUGUAUGCUGACCUGUAUGCAUGCUAUGACUUUUACUCGAUUUUAUGCGCUAUGGAUUAAUCAUACUGAUGAGAAAGUUAUGCACUUUGAUCGGCAGUGACUUGGUAAGGAUAUCAGCAUACUGGUAUUUGGUUUGCACAUGGACUACCUUUACUUCUUUUCGCUUGUGUAGGUCUUUGAUGAAGUUGUAACGUAUAUCGAUGUGCUUGGUUUUGCGCGUGCUAUCACUUUGCUCUACUAGAUCUAUGCAGGACUUAUUGUCCUCAAAAAUUACUGUUGGGCAUUUUUUAACAUCAGGAAUUUUUGCACUUUCGGCUAGGCUGGAGAUAAAAUUCCGAUAAUACAAAAUCUCGCGGCCGCACUCCGAUAUAGCGUAGUACUCGGCUUCGCAGCUGGAAAGUGAUACAGAUUUUUGUGUGAUCGAUUGCCAAAAAACUAAAUCACCACCAUAGAAAACGAGGAUGCCGGAAGUGGAUCGGCGGUCUUCCGAAUUGCCCCAAUCGGCAUCCGAAAAACCUAUGAUCUCUUCAGCAUCGGGCGUGUGCGUGCACGCCUUUAUUUCUAGCGGUUGCGCCCCACGAAAGGUCAACGCAAAUUCCCGCGUGCCCUUCAGGUAGCGUAUGAGCCGCGCGGCGGCGAUGUGCUCGCGCUUCGUAUUUUUGUCGCUGAAUUUUCCUAGUUCUUUUACUGCGUAGCCGAUAUCAUAUCGCGAAGCUACUGCAAGAUACAUGCACAUCCCGACUAAUUUUCUAUAAUUGCUGCUGUUGACCUUGGUCGGUGCGUUUGUAUCAUCUUUGUCUAUGUCAAUGGAUCUAAGAUCGGUAGAAGGCGUGCGCACUGGCAUGCAGUUUUGCAUGUCAAACUCAGAAAGAAUUUUGUCUAUGAGUGUCUCCUGAGUUAUUUUUAUAGUGCCCUUCUUUUUGUUUUGAUGAAUAUGCAGGCCGAGAUACAUGCGAUGCGAAAUUCCUUUUUCGUCAGUAGUAGGCUUAAUCCGCUUGCAAGCGAAGUUUUGCAGUAUCUCACUAACCUCAGCAUCGAUGGCAUCCUGUCGGCCGAACAGAAGUAAAUCAUCUACAUACAGGAGGAGAUAAACCCCAUUGCGGUCGAAGAGACACGGCUCGACUUUAUUCUGUCGCCAACCAUGCGAGGACAAAAAAUCUCGAAAAUACUCAUACCACCUAAAUCCGCUCUCCUUCAGCCCAUAGAGGGCGCGCUGAAGCUUCCAAACUUCGCCCGGCUUCGUCCGCCACUGCGGCGGCGGCGAAACGUAAACCGGCUCGGUUAGUGGUGCAUUGACAUACGCAUUGGAAAUGUCGUAUUGGUCUAUGUCCCACUUUUUUCUGGCGGCUAGGGAGAGCAGGAUUCUGAGCGUACUAAAACGCGCGACGGGCGAAAAGUAGGCAUCUGCGCCAUGCUGGCGGUUGCCAAGCACCACACAUCUGCACUUAAAUCUGCCAUCCUCCUUGCGCGACAGGAUAAGCCUGAGCGGCAAAAUAUCCUUCUUGGGUAUUUUUGCCCACUCAGGUUCCGGCAGAGGUAUGGCGAAGUUUUUAGCUUCAAGCCCGUCCCGCUCUACUUGUAUACACUUAGACCAAUGGGUCGCGUUUGCACUUUGUAGCGCCUGCCUAAUGCAGAUUUUAUCAGCUAAAAAGCAUAAGUCCUGUACACUUUGCAUAGUGAAUUCUACCUCAGGACAUUCAACUUGCAGGUAGGCCAACAACUCCUCCGUAGUGCAGUCUUGCGUAUCCUGAUCUCGCGCUUGGUUCCGCAGCAGGUACGACUCGUCCUCGAAGGAGAUAUAGGACAGCGCGGCGCCCGCAUUGUUGUGUCGCACCGUCUUUGGCGUCGGGAUGGAUAAGAACACGGCGUCGAGGGUCGUCUGUAUCUCCGGUCGCGAGUGCUGUGCGGGCUUCGGCUGGCUACUGUUCUGGUCCCGGUCGCAGGAGCUGUUUAUUGCUGCUGUAUCAGAAGACGUCGCGACCGGUGCGCGUUUCCCUUCCUUGGGAAAAUGUCGAUCACUGUUGCGCGUCCCCUCCUGAAGCUGUUCGUCGGUGGUAGUUACGAAUUUGCGCGGGGCAGCUCCGGGAACGUAUGUGCGGCACGCAAUUUGCUCGGCGAAGGUUACUUUAUUCCGGACACGGGAAACUGGUGCGAUUGGCCGUCUCCCCGUGCUGUUCUUCCGCACAAAGUCUCGGACCCUUGGCAGGACCUUGUCGAGCUUUUCGUCGUAAACUGCGACGUCGAGGGAAUGAUCGGCAAAACCUAGAAACCGCCCCGGGCUCCUUCGGUCCUCGAGCUUGCCCUGCGGCUUCGUGUUGUAAAAUACUUCCUCGCCGAAGCGAAGAAGUUUGGCCGUGUCGAAGUCCUCGCCGUAGGCUUCCCGGUGGGAGUUGCUGCCGUGCAGGCAUUUUCGCGGCAUUAUCGACAAGCAGAAAACGUAGUGCUUUAUCGCAUAGCACCACAACUUUUUCGGCAGUCCGGAGUCAGCGAUGAGUGUUCUUGUGCCCGCGAGGGCCAGCUUGUUCAACACCUCCGCGCCGCCAUUCAUCGGCGAUGAGUAGUAGGAGGUGAAGAUCUGGACUAUUCUAUUAGCCCGGCACUCGGCCCGGAACCGCUCCGAAAUAAAUUCGCCACCGUUGUCCGACUUCAGCCGGCGCGGGGCGGUGUGCUUCGCGAUCCAGAGUCGCAGGCCAUUGACGCUGUCAGCCUUGCGGCGCAACGGCGCCACCUCCGGCAGCCGCGUCUUCUUGUCCGCUAUGGUCAUCGCGAAUUUAUGUCCGUGCAUCGACUCCGGCAGAAUUGGGCCGCAGAGGUCCGUGCUGAUUUCGUCAUUGAAUGUCAGCCGGCCCUCGUACUGGUCAUCCCGCGGCCCCGCCCGGUGUGGAGCCUUUGCUGCUCUGGAGAUCGUACAGCUCUGGCAGAACCCGCGGUAGGGAAGUAUGUGUGCGCUGCGGCAGUGGUCUUCAAAGCUAUAUGUCAAGCAUGAGUACUCCUCCUUACUAGUAUUUUUGUGGAAUAUUACGUAAAAGAGACCGUUCGUAAAUCUGUGUAUAGCGAUGCUCUUCCUCUCCUGGCCGGGAAGGAAGAGCUGCGCAAGGUCUGCGCUGAAAAGAAAUCCUUUCGCCAGCAAAAUGCUGACAGCGAGGAUGUUAAAAGGUAUGCAAUCGUUGAAGAUUGCCCUGCUGAUAUUGAUCAACAAGUUGUUAUUUGCAAGUGGCUUGGGUUUGCAUAUUGGCGCCUUGACUGGCUCGCCGAAUAUGCCCCGUACCGAUGUAACUUGGUCCCUGUAAAUCGUAUCUACUAGUGUGCUGUCUUGGAGCAUGUGUGACGUGGCCCCCGUGUCGAGUAGCCAUAUGGAAAAAUUUGCAUUGGAUAAUGUAUCGACUGUUUCAACCAUACUAUAAAUGUUGUCCAUUCUAGAAAAAAUUUUUGCUGUUUCGGGCGCAACCCGCAUGAAGUUGUCUGACAUUUUUCACAAACUGGGACGCGAAUGCCACUGAGAUGAGAAGGCGUGGCCUCAACGGAAAAUUAGCGCACUGCUAUCCCCGAGGUCAGAGGGUCUGUGACUCACGAUGUCACUCCCGCCUGCGCCCUGGCGAUGUCAGUGUCGUCCGUACAGCAAUAUUUAUACACGGAAGUAGAAUUAUGCACAUGGGCGUGACGCCUUCUGCUAUUUUGUAGCGACUUAUCUUGCAGUUAAUCUUUUUGCUUUUCAAAAAAAAAUAUUUGCUUUGUAAUGCGGAAACUCAGAUUUUCCGUGGUUUUUGUGACAAAAUCCUUCAAAAUUUGUUUUACACAAAGAGAAACCAAUAAAAAAAUAGAAAAAAAAAAUUGUACAGAAAUGCGAUUGCAACCAAUGAAACGAGAUUAUACAAAACUUGAAUUGUACAUUGCGAACUGAUAUAAAUGUGUUUGAAAGUAAUUAUUUGAAAUUGACCACCGCCGCACUAUUCACAUUUCCACCUUCUCAGUGGAAGUGCCCCGCGACUGACUGUUGUUGCGGCUUGUGGAUUGCUGGUUGCGUCUGAUGGUUCCGCUGCCCCGGUUCUGGCUGGUGUUGCGACUGGUGGAUCGGUCCUGUCGCACGAAUUUGUUGUCGCGGAAUCGCCCACGACUGCGAUUGUCGUUGCCCCAGCUCCAGGAACCGUCGGCGUUCCAGUGCCACGGGCGACCGUACUCGUUGUUGUUGCCGAACUGCGGCUUGGUGUUGUUUUGGUAGUUGUUGCUCCCGGCCGUACGAAAACCGUUGCCGGUGAAUCCGCGCUGCUGUGGGCGGAAGCCAACGAAUGCGGUGGCGCCAGCAGCCGCUUUUCCGGCGACGUCGGAAAUCCGGUCCGCGAGGAUGACCCGGAUCGCGGUCUGCACGUUAUUGAGGCGGAAGUCGCCCGCGAUUCGUGUCAACAGACCGGUGACCUGGUGCGGUUCCAACUCACCAAGCACCGCCUUGAUGAGAUUCAGACCGUGGAUCUCGUCGACGGAAAUUUUCUCGACCUUUUUCCGCAGACGCUGGUACGUCUGGAGGUCGGUCUGCAGGUGAUCGGAGCGGACCGUAAAGUUGGUGAAGCGCAGCCAGAUGGAUAGUUUUUCACUAUUGCGCCCAGGGUAGAUCUCGCCGUUGAGCGCGCUCAGGUAGUCGUCGAUGGAUUUGAUCUCCUUGUCGCGGAUUGCGUCCUUCAACUCGACCACCUCGAUGCUCUGCUUCAACUGGUAGAUCAACGUCGAGAAGGGGAGACUACCGGCUACGACGCCGAAAUACUCCCGCACGUCGGUUUCGUACGCGUCGAUAUCGACCUGAUGGCACCGGAUAUCGUAAUCGUCGAUCUGGCUACUGUCCAACUUGAGUUUGGGCACGGAGAGCUUGGUCGGGUCGACUUGUUUCUGGUAUCCGUACGAACUGUUUCCGCGACCAGCGGCCGCUGGGGUGUAAAUUUCGUAGUGCUGGGUCCCCUGCUGUCCGUCGUCGGAUUCUUCGGAAUCUUCCUCAAUUUGCUCCUGACUGCGGUUGGGUUUCAGUUUGAAGACGUCGAUGUUCCCGGCGUUGUUUUCCAGGAUCUCGAGCGCUUGCUUCUUGAGCUCCUUGAGAUUUUCCUUCGACAAGUCGGACGCCCCUUCGGUAGCCCGGAUCUUGUUCGCCACCCGCGCUACUAAUUUGAGAAAAUAGUAGUCUUCGCCCAAUUUCAAGAAUUGGCUGCGGUUCUGGUCGUUCACCGCAGUCGCGCCGGCCUGGCGCGCGAAGAUCUGCCAAACCUGGUCGCUGCUACCGCAGAUGUAGAUGUAGCGAGCGCUGUUGAUGGUUGCGAUGCCUCCCGCUUUGUUUUGCGGAUGUCUGCUGUUCUGGGCUGGUGGCGGCAUCUUUAUUGCAUGUAGUAGUAGUGACUUCAGGAUGAUAAUCGAAUGUGUUUUUGGGGAUGGGGGUCUUUAGCAAGAGAGGCUCAUAACUCUGUUGAUCGUGUGAUCUUGACCUCCCGAACACACUCCUUCUUCUUCUUCUUACGGGAAACAAAACGCGUCCUUUCCUGAUUGUGUUUGCUCAAAACCUUGAGCCAACGGCUCAAACGAAAAUUGUUGUUGUACAUGUUUCAGCAUGAGAGAUUCGCUCUCCACCCGGUUCCAGGGUCUAUCUAAUGUUCUCUCUCAAAGAAAGAAGAGUGCGAAUAAACUUUUCCCCAAAAACGAAUACGAAAGAUAUUGGAAAAACGAUGGAUGCGACUAGUCGUGAAAAAACAGAUACCGACUAGCGACGACCACGAUAAGCGAAAAAACAAGCUCUUGACCGAUGAGAGAUAGGUGUGAACACAUUGUGAACAACAAUUUGGACAUGAAACGAGUUCGAGAGAAUAGACUUGUAUAAACUGAGUUCAACAUAACUCGCCUGGCGUUGCAGGUGCUGCGACCAUGCACGACGAAGUACUUACAACUUUAUUUGACGACGACACAAUUAUUCUGUAUGAUGGCGACACUUCUUUCAGAAAGCUGCCCAUAGUACUUUUUUCUACCGAAGGAAGCGGAAACUAGUUUCUUCUGUUCAUCCUUGGGGCUUCGUCACAUACUGCAUGUUCUACUUGGCAGCACGCAUAGGCUCAGGCUGGACCGGGGCAUUACGAAGCACCUCCAGCGUGGGUGUGACCGUCUCCGUCAUGAUCAUGACGAGCUUUACAUAUUACCCCAUUUAUUUUCCCGUACGGAUGAAAAAACUUCUUUGCAUGCACACCAGUAUAUCGUUUUCGUUCUUACAUAAGAGGACCACGUAAGUCUAGCCUGACGCUUUUCAAAAACCCUUGAGUCAAGAAGAAGUGUGCACAACUUCUCCUCCGCCGGAGUCGAAGGAGUAGCGACUUCCAAGUGCUGCCACCGAGAAAUGUACAAUUACAGCGACCAUACACAUAGAAAAAGCAUUCCCAACUUGCGCACGAUGCGACGUCCCAUUUCGGAUAUCAUUUUACUGACUUGAGGUCAAGGUAUAUAAAAGUGUU